AUGCGUUUUCCAACAGAAUAUCUAGGUUCUUCUAUUCUGAAUCUACGUAGUACUCAAGUUCACUCUAUGGAAAAUUCAAGCUUAGAACAAGAGCUUAACUUGUUUCAGAAGCAUGUUACUGAUAGGUUCAAUGAACUAUCUUCUGUUUCAAGCAAUGAUUUGUUGUCACUUACUUGGGUUAGGAAGCUUCUAGAUGCAUUCCUGUGUUGCCAAGAGGAGUUUAGAAUGAUUCUUCAUAACCAUAGAUUGAAAGUGUGUAAACCGCCUUUGGAUCGUUUGGUGAAUGAGUUUUAUGAGAGGAGUGUGAAAGCAUUGGAUAUAUGUAAUGCUAUUAGUGAUGGUGUUGAAAUGGUUAGACAAUGGGAGAAGCUAUUGGAGAUUGUUCCUUGUGCUUUGGAUCAUAAAAGAAUCAUUAGUGAAGGCAAAUUCCGUCGGGCUAAGAAAGCUCUUGUUGAUUUGGCUAUUGUUAUGGUUGAUGAGAGUAAUGAAGAUUCUAAUAAUGUUUUUUCAUUUGCAUCUAGAAGUAGAUCAUUUGGUAGAAACAUUGUUAAUAGAGAUCGUCAUCAUCGAGGAGAUUCAUCUGUAUUUGGGCAAUUUAGACCAUGGAGUGAAUCAAGGAAUUGGUCAGCUAUUAGACAAUUACAAGCAAUAGGGAACAAUCUUUAUUUUCCUAGAAAUAAUGAUCUUGUUGCUUCAAAUGGUAUUGCAUUGACUAUUUAUACAAUGAGUACAAUUUUGUUGUUUACAAUGUGGGCACUCGUGGCUGCAAUUCCUUGUCAAGAUAGGGGAUUACAUCUCAACUUUUCGAUUCCGUGGAAGUUAUCAUGGACGGCUCCGGUAACGUUGCUCCACGAGCGGAUUUUGGAGGAGUCGAAGAACGGGGAGAGGAAGAACUCUUGUGGUCUUUUGAAGGAGAUUCAGAAGAUUGAGAAGUGUGAUAGGGUGAUAAAUGAUUUGGCGGAUUCUUUGCAGUUUCCUUUGAGUAAGGAUAAAGAAGAUGAAGUUAGAGUUAAAGUGGAAGAUGUUGUGAAUAUAUGUGAAAGUUUGAAAGAUGGAUUGGAUCCUUUGGAAAGACAAAUUAGGGAAGUGUUUCAUAGAAUUGUUUGUUGUAGAAUGGAAGGGCUUGAUUCUCUGCAUAGAUAUUAG